AUGAAGCUCCCCGAAAUGCAAACCCAAUCCACGAUCGGCGUCAACGUUGCGGCUGGAGGUGUUCAACAGGUAAUGAGAUAUUCCAUUUUCCAAAAAAAAAUCAUUUUGAUUUUUUUUUAUUUUUUAUCAAUUAAAAAAAGGAAUUUCAUUAAUUUUUGAACAAAAAAAUAUUUUGGCCAUUUAAUUCAAUCUUCAAUCAGUUGAAAUGCAAUUCUUUGAACUCUAAGCCACUUUUUAACUUAUAAUCCGCUUUGUAAACAAAAAAAGGUAAUCGAAUUCGGCUUAGGGAAUAAAAAAAAUGAAAAAAAUCGAAAAAACCGAUAAAAAAUUCGAAAAAAUUCGUCAUCAUUAUUACAGUUUUUUUGGAAUAUAGUUAAUUCAAAAAAUUAUGUCAUCAUGAGCCUUAAAUUAAAAAAAAAACAUUUUUUGACGUCAAUAAUAAUCUCAAAAAUUUUCAGCGAAAACCGAAAUCCCGCAAGCCCACUCGUCAGGCGUUGCAACGGCACAUUGCCCUUCUCCAAACCAAGCGCCGCCAUCAAGACAAUCUCCCGCUCUUGAAGCGCGUUCUGAUCCAAGAAGAGUUCGAAGACAAGAUCUUCCGUCUGAACAACACCUCCGACGAGAGCUCGGAUGAGGACGAGCCCAGCACCUCCGCCAACUCCUCUCCCUCCACCUCUUCCGCCUCUUCUUCGGCCUCUUCAUCGUCCUCCUCGGACUCCGAGAGCGACGAAGAAGACUGCACGCCCAGAUACACGCUGGUCAAGCGGUCCAGAUUCACGAUCAUGUCGUCGAGGAAAAAGUCCAAGAAGGGAAAUUAA